AUGGCCUCGACUCCGUCCGUGGACCUGAGCAUCCUGCGCGUCGGCAUCCCGGCCGAGCUGCCGGCGCACCCGGGCAACCACCCGGACCCGACGGUGCCCAAGGCGCCGCACCGCAACAUCGACGGCCUGUCCAAGGACGACCUGGUGCUGGCGGUGCAGAACGCGCUGCGGUACUUCCCCGAGAAGUUCCACGCCACGCUGGCGCCCGAGUUCGCGCAGGAGCUCAAGGACGAGGGCCACAUCUACAUGCACCGCUUCCGCCCCGUGCAGUACGAGAUGAAGGCGUACCCGAUCGAGCGGUACCCGGCCAAGUGCAAGCAGGCGGCCAGCAUCAUGCUCAUGAUCAUGAACAACCUCGACCGCAGGGUCGCGCAGUUCCCCAACCACCUCGUCACCUACGGCGGCAACGGCAGCGUCUUCCAGAACUGGGCGCAGUACCUGCUGACCAUGCGCUACCUGUCGGAGCUCACGGAGCAGCAGACGCUCGUCAUGUACUCGGGCCACCCCGCGGGUCUCUUCCCGAGCCGUCCGGCGGCCCCGCGCAUGGUCGUCACCAACGGCCUCAUGAUCCCCAACUACUCGACGCGCGCGCAGUACGACAAGGCCUACGCCAUGGGCAACACGCAGUACGGCCAGAUGACGGCCGGCAGCUACUGCUACAUUGGUCCGCAGGGCAUUGUGCACGGCACGACCAUCACCAUCGACGAGUCCGCGGUGAAGAAGCGCCACGAGCAGGGCUGGGUGGACGAGGUCGUGAGCGACCUGGACGCGUGCGUGGCUCGCAUCCGUGAGGCCAAGGCCAAGGGUGAGGUGGUGAGUCUGGCUUACCACGGCAACGUGGUCACGCUCUGGGAGCGUCUCGCUGACGAGGCCGAGGCUACGGGCGAGCUGCUGGUGGAGCUGGGCUCGGACCAGACGUCGCUGCACAACCCGUACAACGGCGGCUACUACCCCGUGCAGCUCACCUUCGAGGAGUCCCAGCGUGUCAUGGCCGAGGACCCCGCGCGCUUCCAGGAGCUGGUGCAGGAGUCUCUCCGUCGCCACGCCGUCGCUGUCAACCGCUUGACCGCCAAGGGCAUGCGCUUCUGGGACUACGGCAACUCGUUCCUGCUUGAGGCCCAGCGUGCCGGUGCUGAUGUGCUGCGUCCCGGUGUGAAGCCCGAGGAGGCUGCGGUUUCCACGACGGCGUUCAAGUACCCGAGCUACGUGCAGGACAUCAUGGGCGACAUCUUCUCGCUCGGCUUCGGCCCCUUCCGCUGGGUCUGCACGUCGGGCAAGCACGAGGAUCUCAAGAAGACGGACGAGAUUGCUGCGCGUGUGCUGCGUGACCUUCUGGCCGAGCCCGAGGUGCCCGAGCGCGUGGCGGCUCAGCUGCGUGACAACCUGCGCUGGAUCGAAGCGGCCGAGGACAACAAGCUCGUCGUGGGCUCGGAGGCUCGUAUCCUGUACGCCGACCGCGUGGGUCGUGGCACGAUCGCCAUGGCCUUCAACGCUGCUGUCGCUAGCGGCGAGAUCUCGGCGCCCGUGGUGCUCAGUCGCGACCACCACGACGUGAGCGGCACCGACAGCCCGUUCCGUGAGACCUCCAACGUGACGGACGGCUCUGCCUUCUGCGCCGAUAUGGCGGUGCACAACGCGCUGGGCGACGCUGCUCGUGGCGCUACGUGGAUCGCGCUGCACAACGGCGGAGGCGUUGGCUGGGGCGAGGUGAUGAACGGCGGCUUCGGAAUGGUGCUGGACGGCUCGGAGGACGCCCGCGAGAAGGCUGCGUGCAUGCUCGGCUGGGACGUCAACAACGGCGUGGCUCGUCGUGCCUGGGCACGCAACGCCAACGCGCGCUUCGCUAUCGAGCGCGAGAUGAAGGCGGACCCUCUGCUGACUGUGACCCUCGCCAACGAGGCCGACGAUGCCAGCGUGCGCGAUACCGUGAGCAAGCUCUUCUAA